GGGGUAGCAAUACGCAAAGCUGAGCAAACACCGCUUCAGCACGAGGGAAACGCGGCAGAUUUGGGGGUUGGGUGGUGUGUUUUCUCCCGCAAUGAGAGAAUGAUGAUGAUCUCUGUCCUGUCGUGUUCCUGACCAAACGCUGAGGGGGAUGGGAUGGGGGGAAAAGUUGACUAAAGUUAGCGCGGCGACCAAGGUAUAUUUAGUCAAAUAAAUAUUAAAUAUCAGCCUGAGCCCGCUGUGGAUCUUCUUAUUCCUCGUCACCAACAUCUAAAUAUCUGGGUUGGACAACAGCAGGGAGAGAGCGAGAAGGCUACAAUUAAUCCACAUUUGUUCAAUUGGGAUUGCAAGACUCGGCUACUACCGCUAUAUUCACUACCAGGCACAAAAAUGGCCAAUCUCCCAAAUCUGCGGCGGCUCUUUGUCGAAUCUCGAACAGAAGUCGAGGAGAAUGAGUACUCCAGAAAUGCUUUCUACAACCUGGUCCUUUUCAUCUCCUCAGUCGCAGUCUUCAGCCUAGUGGCCCAACGCAUGGGUGGCGGAAAGCCAUACCAAUGAUCAGGAAGAUCUCAGAAUCAUAUUAAAAGUCUCAGAGAAAAUUAAUUAGUAUUAUAGCAGCGGAUCGCCAAACAUACCCUCCCGUCAAGCAUUCUCGCGGUAUAUCAUUCACCUCAUCCCAUUUUCCAGCGUCGUACAUCAUCACCAAAACAUGAACAAAGGGGAAACCAGGAAAAAGCUCAUAUCACAGAUAGAUAUGUAUUCGGUCCAUAACAAUAUCAUACCACUCAUUAUGCGCCAAACAAGGGAAGUAAACAAAAAGACAAAUAAGAAAAUAGCCAAACAACAACGCUCAAUCUGUCUCCUCUCCGUCCUCAUCCUCAAGGAAACUAAGAGCUUGAAAGUCCCUCGCAACCCGUCUUCGUGGACGUGCACCAUUCCCCGCUUCCUCAUCGGAAACUUUCGUCCCCCACCUCUUCGCACCCUCACGCACAACCUCAAGAUCAGCCUGCAACUCCCUCGCCUCCCUGAUCGCCUUAGCCUUCUCAAGCGAGAACCGCCCUUCCAUACCCGCGUCCUUCAACAUUUGGCGGAGAUGCUUCACCUUUGCUCGCGGUGUAUCGUACGGAGCUAGUUCGCGAAACCACAUCUUGCGAAUCCCACACUUUACAAGCUGGCCCUGUAGCUUCUUGAUUUCCGCCAGGUCUGGAUCCGCAUCAGCUGCGUCCUUGGGUUUCCUGCUACCGCCGCUAGCUGGUUUCGAAGAUUUCUUGGAUUUCUCUUGCUGUGAGGGCUCGGAUGACUUGCGACGUUUGGAUUUCGGUGGUGGUUCGUCGUCGAUGACAACGGACAUGUCGCUUUCUGAUUCGUCGUGCUUGGUGUCGCUAGGUUUACGCAUUGGGCUAGCUUCCCUCGAUGACGCUCUUUCUGAUGUCUUGUCGGAUUCAUCUGGCACGUCGGAAAGGUCUGAUGAUGUGUCUGUCUUUGGUGCUGGCUUGGGCUUGGGCGCUUGCUUUACUGGUUUAGAACCCUUCUUCGCUGGCGGUGCCCGCCUUCGAGAACUGGGUGCUUCUUCGUCUUCGUCUUCCUCUUCCUCACUCUCUUCGCUUGGAGGUGAUGAUAGAUCUUCCUCGGAUUCUGAUGGAGUAGCAGUUCGCCGUCUUUUUCUAGCAGGUUGUGAUGCGCUCGAAGCGCGCUUAGGCUCCUUGGGUUUCAGAGGAGGUACCCGUUUUGGAGGCGCUGGGGUUGGCUUCUUUUUCUCCUUCUCAGCGGCCAAUUCCUCUUGUUUCUCCUUAAAUACCGCACAAAUGUGUAUCAGUACUUCUAAAAGCAAAAAGACACUUCAUUCUGACCAUGCACAAAAAUUGGCAUAAUUCUCUCUUCAAAAAAUGAAAGUGGUUGGGAUUAAAAAAUAAGGCACACAUACUGCUUCCUGUUUAAUUAUCCGGUCACUCUUAGCCUUCCAAACCUCGUCAUUCUUAUAGAAUCCCUCGUCUAGAGUCAGCGCUUUCUCCGUCGCAGCCCGGACGCGCUUCACCGUCAAUUGCUCCAGGUUUCCCUUCUUGAAUAUGGCCGCCACGGUGUCGCGCAGGCCUUUCUCGAGGACAUCAUCAGAAGGAAUGCCCACGGAGGACAACGAAUCGGAAUCGGAGUCCGAAUCAGACAUGGCGAUAGAUAUGCAAACGGGGGCUUAUUUUUGGUUCUUCUUCCUCUUUGUGGCGGGGUUGACGCGACUGGGGGGACGAAUAUGGACGCGUUAAUGUAGGUAUGGAUAUGCGAGGCUGUCGUAACCUUCCUCCUUGUUAAUGUAGCUAUACUAUUUGUUUCUGGAUAUUAUUGCAGCUCUUUGAUAAACAGAGGAAUUAUUGCGGCGCAAAGAACUUGUGAGAUGAGUGAGUUAUUCAACCGUUGGUCAAGCGCAGCUGCUGGGAUCGAACAACGUUAGCGGCGCAGACAAGAACUUCCUCGCAACCAACACCCGCCGCCUCGGGACCGGCGCUGGAUCCAAGCUUGAUUUCUCAGCAUUCAAUGGUCAGAAUAUUCCGCAUUUCACCAACACCAUGACAUUAUAACCUUCAAUUUACAUUCAGGAACAUUUAACACUCCAUCUAGAUACCUCCGGCAACUAAUAAUUCGAGCUCAAUAGUUAACUACCUCUCAACUCGCGCGCGGGUCUAUAACAAAUAGCUUUGAAAAUUGCCACGUACAUAACACACCAUGGCGGAGAUAUUGACGGAGCAAGUUGAGGCCCUUAAAGAGGCAAGACGCAAAUCAAAGCACACAACUACGGCAGAUGGCAAGCAGGAAGAUGGCUCCCAGGAGAAAACACAAUUGCCCAAGGGGAUGAUCCUGGGUAUGGAUGGAAAGCCCUGCCGCACCUGCAUCUCCAUCUCCGACUGGCGCGCCCUCAUGAAGGGCAAAUCCCCCGCUACCCCUUCCCCUUCCUCUUCCUCCCCCUCCACGACAACAACGACAACGACAACGACAACUACAACCGCCCAGGACCAAACCACAGCAGCCCUACCCCCGGACUGCCCUCCCGAUGUCGAAACCCUUGGCCGCAGCACGUGGACCCUCCUCCACAGCAUGACCGCCACCUACCCCGCAACCGCCACCCCACAGCAACAGAACGACAUGCGCAGCUUCCUCACGCUAUUCGGCAAACUCUACCCUUGCUGGGUAUGCGCGGACGAUUUCCGCGCCUGGAUGAACGAGCCCAGCGGCGCGAAUAAGCCGCGCCUGAAGACGCGCGCGGAGUUUGGCACCUGGAUGUGCGAGGCGCAUAAUGAGGUUAAUAGGAAACUGGGGAAGGAGGUGUUUGAUUGUGCGAAGUGGGAGGAGAGGUGGAGGACUGGGUGGAAGGACGGGAGGUGUGAUUGAUUGAUUGAUUGAUUGAUUGAUUGAUCGAUUGAUGGGUUGGUUGUAGCGUGUGUUUUACCUACGCUUGAGAGGCGGCUUUGGUGGACAUGGGGUCUCACGGCGUCUGAUGCGGUGGAUAACGAUGAUGAUGUGUGAUCAGCCCAGAUCAUCCUCUGUGGCCUUGAUCGCGUCACUGGUGGCUGCGGAGGCAUUUGCAGCGGAAAAACACCCAUCUCCUCAAACCUUUGUUUUCGUGGCAUUGUUUAUAAUUUUAAGCGGUUGGCGCAUGUCCUUUUGGUGUCUGGUGCGUUGGGGGACGGGGGGGGUUCGAGAUCUCUACUCAUUUAGACUUGGUCCGUGGGUUGGCUGGUUUAGACCUUUUGUUUUGGAUCGUAUGUACAUACAUGUACAAUAUAUACGUGUAAAAAAGGCAUUUAUAGACGUUAUGUAAAUUAGAAACGACUUCAUAUUCGUCCACGGGUCCUGUGAGGUUACUUUUUGUACCUGCCGAUUACGCGCCUCUAAAGUUAUCAUGGCAUUUAUAGGCCUCGUAGGGGGAAAUCUUACAACAAAAUAUGGUGGCUCUCAUUUUCACUCUGCUGGGUGUUAAAUGUGAUACUAUGUAUGAGGUGAAAAGGGACUUAAAUCCCCAGUGUGUAUACAGAGUACAGUGAGUCUCGUUCAGAAAGGAAUUUUAUACCUCGCG